ACGUCUUUAUUCUGUCCGGGAUGAUAUGUUCGAGGUGAUGCAUCUUGUUUUCUACGAGAAGUCACGUGGCUCGAUUUUUUUCGUUUUCCGAUUAGCUUGCACCGCGUUGUCAACAUUAAAACUGCUCGAUUACGUAAUAAUCUUUUUAUCGAGCUCAUCUCUUAAUUUUCAUCUAUGCGGGAAAUGUGUACGAACGAAAGCCAUUCAACUCGAUCUACAGAGCUUAAAUAUUCAGGGUGACGUCUGUCGUGUUGACUGCGUCGACGGCGAUCAUUUUAUAGCUAUAACGUUAAACAAUGAGAUAAUCGAUGUUAACGAUACUUGUUUCGAUCGACUCGACGAUGGUUGGCGGGACGUCCAAACAGAUCGUGAUAAGGUGCUUUUUUAUAUACUGAGCCAGAUCGUUUAUCCACUCUUUGACACGCCACAACCAGAAAAACUCGAGUCGUUGUACGCUCUGGUGGACGAGCGUGAUGUCAUAUUCUUGAGGUGGCAAGGUGGCAAAGCGAUCGGUUUUUACACUGUUAAACCUACAGGCACGGAAAUAUUUUCGACGAAAGAGAAAUACAUAAUGCCUGUAAUAGAUACGGCGUACAUUCGUUCGGAAUACAGGAACCAGGGUUUCGGUACGGAAAUUUUGUCAGACAUAAUCGCACGUUUUCCGAAUGAAGACAUUGGCUUCUCGAAACCGAUCUCUAGUGGAAUGUUGAGAAUAUUAAAGAAAUUUUUGACGAGUCGCAAGGAGUACCGACUGCGUUUUUGGGAGAUUGCGGACUGUGAUAUCAUUGGGUCUCAGCAAUUAAUAUGGUGUAGCUUGAAAAGAGCAGCAGCCUUAUGACAAAAAGUAAUUAGAAUUUAUUAUAAAAACCAUCACAUUGGCGCGUAACAGGAUGUUUAUAUAUUUAUAUAAUUAUAUAUUAUACUUGUAGAGGCAUAUUUAUACAUGUACGUAUAUCUGGAUAAAUACAUAUAUAUAUAUUUGUACAUACAUAUAAAUCUAGAAAUUAAAUGGAAUAUUUGAAAAAUUUAUCUUUACUUAACAAAGGGAGGAGUAUUAAAAUUGCCUAAAUAUA